AUGAACAACAGACCGGUGGAGCAGGCGCUGGCUACCCUGCUGCCGACUCAUGCACAGGACCUCCCGCCGGAUCUGCUCAGUCUCGCCAUCUCGCUUGUCGCGCAGUCGCGCAGCUUCUCGGCGAGCCUGAAGCCCGAAGAAGAGAUCGCGCGGCCCUACGCAUGCGCGGAGAUAGCUUGCAGGAGACUAACCCGCGCGCUCAAACUACCCUCGCUCCUCGGCCACCCGCCCUGCCCGCCGCGAGCCUACAAGAAACUGUACGCCUUCCUAGACCGAUCCCUCUCCUCCGGCGGCAGCUCCGCACCAGGUACACCGUCCCGAGCGCGUUCCACGCCCUCCACGCCAACGAAAGCCGCGGCGGCGCGACGAACAACCGCGCAAACGCCCUCCAGGACCCCCGCAACCGCAACCGCAGCAGGUAACCUAACAAACACGCCCACGCAAUCCACCCCAUUGAAACGACCCCUACCCCCGAACGACACUCCCACGAAACCAACCCCCACCCCCCGCAAACCCACCACCACCGCCGCUGCUCGCACGUAUGGCCUCUCCACCUCAACCAAGAUCCCGGACGCCCCGAACUGGAUCAUGACCUCCAUCCGCACAGUCUGUAAGACACUUUCCACGCCGGCCCCGCGAAUGAGCACCUGGUCGCGGCCCCCGAUCUCACGCACCUUGCCGCCGCACAUCUUCGCGGGCGUGUCCUCGAUCCUAUUCUUCGUUUCCGAGGUGACGGCCACUAAACGCGGGGAAGAUUCGGAAGAUGACGAUGAUGACGAGUUGCUCGAGUUUUUGGAGCCGAUUCUCACGGUCCGCGGGGAUGGCGAGGCGGACGAGGAAUAUAGGGAGCUUGUGCAUGCGCUGGUCGUCGCUGUGUAUUUCCUUGUUCUUGCUAGGAGGCGGCAGCCUGCUGAGGAUGAGGGGGGCGGCCAGGCUGGGUCUGGCUCCGGGGCGGCGGACGACGCGAAGGUCAUGGAUAAGAAGACGUUCACGGAGAUGCGGCAGACUGCGCUCGUGAGUCUGGGUUUACCGGCUACCGAGCGGAGACACCGCGAGGAUGUCGAUCAGUGGAUUGCUGUGAUCAUGGAGCAGGGUUGGGCGCAGGGGAGGGAGUGGUUUGAGAAUAUCCCGCGAGCCGGGGAGUGGGAUGGCGAUGCGGAGUUUAUGUCGGAUGCGGAGGGCGAGGAGGCUGGAGAUGGUGAUGGAGGAGGAGGAGGUGGUGGUGCUCAGGCGCGGAAGAGGUUGCGUAUUCGUUCGGAGCUGGGUGCUGGUGCGACAUCCGGCGGCCUGCUUCCUGGUCUCGGGACUAUGAUGCAGGAUCGCGUCGAUUGGCUGAGUGAGGACCGCAGGGAGGAUUAUUUGCUCUGGAAGGCGGAUAUCAUGGCCCGCGUGGAGCAGAUUGAGAAAGCGGCU